CGCUAAACAUGACCCUUGAGGCAUUCCGUACACAGUGUGCUUGCUGCUCUCUACGUUUCUCCUACUGCAAUGGAGACCAAUGGAAACCAUAUGGCCGCUGAACUGAAGAGGUCCCCCAGCCCUGGUUCUACAACCCCCAAAGGAAAAGAAGCUAAGAUUAAUCAAAAGGCUAAAUUUACAUUGACUCCUUUCCAUAGGUCCCCUAUAAUCAGUAACAAUAGUGAUUUGCAGAGAAAAGUUGCACAAGUAUCUGCUGGGAAAGAGCUGCCACCUCGUUGUAGUUUGAUAUCAGCCUUUGCUGUAGGACUGGCUACUAAAGACAUUGAACAGCCUCCUCAAGGCAAUGUUACUGCUGCUGCGACAGCUACAAACUCCAGGCAACUGGUUCCAUCUUCAGGUUUAGCAGAGGCUAUGCAAGAGGGAGAAGCACAACAUUCAGAUUCUUUCAGCAAGACCUCUGGUAGAAAGACACCAAAGCCAACACCAAAGGACAACAUACCUCAUGCACCAUUCACUGCAGAGCCUCAUCUGAACCAACAGGGGAUGGGGAUUGAGGUGUCUGCCUCUACGCAAGCUAAGAUAGUUAUAAAGAAGAACAAAAAGAAGAAGAGGAAAAUGGGAAUAUAUAGCCUUGUCCCAAAAAAGAAGAUUAAGACUGUUAAACAUCAGGAGAAGAUAGAAAAGCCAAAGGAAGACAUGGGAAAGAAUGACUCUGUGACAGCUGAAAAGAGAGUACCUAAGCAGGACACUGGAAAAGAUGAAGUACAGACAGCAUCAGUAAAGAGGGAAAUAUCUUUAGAAGACACUCAUGUUGAUUACACAGAGUUGGCUUUGGACUGUCUUGACUUGAAAGCUCAGGAAGAGCUUUUCUCAGUAUCUCUUUCAGGAGAGGCUGAGGAGAAGGAAUAUGCAGAAGAAUUACCACUGUGUUGCUGUCGCAUGGAGACUCCAAACAGUGAUGGCUGCUCUUCUAUAAAGAAUCAGACCUGCAUGGCCAUGGAUAGCUUGGAUGAAAAGCUGAUUCAAUGCCAAAGGCCGGUGAUGAAGCCAGAAUUAAUGCGACCCUCGAACACCGUUCGCCUAUUGGUUUUGUGUGAAGACCACAGAGCAGGCAUGGUCAAGCAUCAGUGUUGCCCAGGCUGUGGGCUAUUCUGCAGGGUGGGUUCCUUCAUGGAGUGUAAGCCAUAUGGCAGUAUUUCCCACCGCUUUCAUCGUGACUGUGCCUCCAUACUGAAUGACUGCAGAUUUUGCCCCCACUGCGGAGGGGAUGCCAGUGGAGCAAUGGAGGUCAUGUUUCCAAAGCCUGAUCCGUCAACCUUAGUACCCAAAUCAAACCAUGAAGCUUUACCUCCUGUUGUAACCACUCUGCCUUUAGCCACUUCUACACCUGUAGUUCCUCAUAUACUGAAGGCGAGGAAGAGCAGCCAACCACAAAAAAGUAGGGAUGCUAGCCAGACAAGAUUAAAAAGAGAUGCUGUGCAUCCUAAAGUGUCACUGGAGACCGUCCUCUUGUCACUUGAUGAUGAGAACACAAAACUGAAGAAAAUGAAGGGCCCCAACAGGCAGCUGUAUGUUUCUGCAAAGCAAGGAGAUUUGCAGAUGGUCAUUCAGCUUCUUGUUGAUGGAAAGGACCCCAACCUUUUAAUGGAGGGACACAAAAAACGCACCGCACUUCAUGCAGCUGCUGCUGAAGGUCAUCAGGAGGUCUGCCACAUGCUGGUCCAGGCUGGGGCCAACCUGGAGGUGUUUGAUGAGGAGCAAAGAACGCCACUGAUGGUGGCAUGUGAAAACAACCAUCUGGACACAGUGAAGUACCUGGUCAGAGCCGGAGCUACUGUUGGCCACAAGGAUAUCAUGGGUUUCACCUGUCUGCAUCUGGCUGCUAAGAUGGGACAUUAUGAUGUUGCCAAUCAUCUGCUUAUCAAGGCACCAAAAUACAUCAAUUGUCAGGAUAAUGGAGGGUGGACUCCCAUCACCUGGGCCAUUGAAUACAAGCAUAAAGAGCUGGUUCAUCUAUUUCUGAAAAAAAGGGCUGAUGUUAACAUCAGAGACAAGGAAGAAAAUGUCGGUCUGCACUGGGCGGCGUUGUCAGGCUGUGAUGGCAUCGCCCAGGCCCUGCUGGAAACUGGAUGCGACCUGAACGCUGUCAGCGUUCAUGGUGACACACCGCUUCAUAUUGCUGCAAGAGCGAACCACCUAAAGUGUGUAAUGUUGUUUUUGUCUCAUGGGGCGGAUGUAUCUCAAAAGAACAAGGAGGGUUAUACAGCUCUGGACCUCAGUGUAAGCGGCUCAAAGGUGUGGACUGCUCUUAACACAAACCAAAAGCUUACUGAUGCCAGGAGAGAACGGGACUGUCGAAUAGAGAGACAACUUAGCAGCCGUUGGAGGACUUGACGAACGUGAUGUUUAUGUUCGGAGAGGGUGCGGGAGUAAAUGAGGAUGUCAUCUAUGUACACGAAGACGAAGAUGUUGAGAAAGGCGCGGAGAACAUCAUUGACCAGAGCCUGGAAGACAGCAGGAGCGUUGCACAGGCCAAAGGGCAUGAA